CGCCCGCCCUCACCUCUCUCCCACCACCCUCACCCUCACCCACACCCAUCGCAUCCAUGUCGGCCAAGGACUACUACGGUGGCGCGCCGCAGCAGCAGGGUGAGCAGCACGCCGGUGCCGCAGAGGCAAGCUGGAGAGCGGCAGCGCACCGCAUCGCAGGGUCGAGGCGCUCGCGAAGAUGGGAGGGAAGCGCAGCACGGAUGGAUGGCGAGAGCAGGGCUGGCAGCCCGGCGAAAGUGCGACGUGCGCGCGGCGAGCCACUACAGCAAAGCACUCCGCAUCCUUCGUUCCGGGCUGGUCGGACAGCUGCGCGCACGACGCCGCGCUGUCAAACCUCCGCAUGCUGGCCGCAGUUGCUCUGCAUGUGGCUGCGCGAUGGGACUUGGAGGGCAGGAGGGUGCAUCUUGGCUUGCCAAGGGUCCACACAGCAGCAACACGCCAGAGCGCUGACGCAAGACGCUCGACAGGCGGCUACCCGCAGCAGGGCGGAGCAUACCCGCAGCAGGGCGGCUACCCCCAGCAGGGCGGCUACCCGCAGCAGGGCGGAGCAUACCCGCAGCAGGGCGGCUACUACGUGAGUGCAGUGGCAGGUCUGCGCGCGCGCGCUUGCUCACUGUACCCUUGCCUCUCCCCUCGCCGCUCGCCUCCCGAUCUGCGCGCACACAGCCGCCGCAGCAGCCGCAGCAGGCGUACGGACAGCAGCAGCAGGGCUACUACCCGCAGGCGCAGCCGCAACCCGUGAGUGGAGAGAGCGAGAGAGAGAGUGAAAUGGCGUGCGACGUGGUGCCUUUAGCGAGGCUUAGCCAAUGGCGAGCAUCGCGGCUGCCUCUCUCGGGCCUUGCGUGCGGGCAAGGUUUCCUGAGGGAUGGCAUCGCGCUCAGAUGCAGCAGCACUGCGAGAGUUCGGCAGUCUCGCUGGCUCGCCACGGACUAGCAUGCGCGCCUCACUGGACGUCUCCGGCCUGUGCGAGACGCAUGCCCCGGCCGAACCCCCUGCUGACGCUUCUCACAGGUCUACGUGCAGCAGCCGGCGAAGAAGGGCGGCGGCGGUGCGGCGGCAGGCACGGGCUGCUGCGCCUGUCUUGCGGGCGCAUGCUUGUGCU